AUGGCGUGUCCCCUGGAGCAGGCGCUGGCCGUGAUGGUCACCACCUUCCACAAGUACUCGGGGAAGGAAGGGGACAAGUACAAGCUCAGCAAGGCGGAGCUCAAGGAGCUGCUGAACAAGGAGCUGCCCAUCUUCGGGAGCAAGCAAAUGGAUGAGGGGGAGUUCAAGAGGCUCAUGAACGACCUGGACCACAACAAGGACAGCGAGGUGGACUUCAAGGAGUACGCCUGCUUCCUGGCCUGCAUCACCAUGGGCUUCAACGAGUUCUUCAAGGAUGGCCCCACCAAGCAGCCCCGCAAGAAGUGA